AAAUUCCUCUUCGCAGUUCGCACCCUCGUAUCUUCUCUCCGUCCUCUCUUCCCCGCACAGCCGGCCGGCGAGCUCCGCCCCUCCGCGAGCCGUGGACGGGCUUCCUUGCGGCAGUCCCAGGACGGGCUUCUCCUCCUACCGCCUGCGCUGAUCUCCCGCGAGCAGGGGCGCUGUCUUCCUCGGAUCGGAAAAAUUCUUUUACUUGAUAUAUAUAGUAAUGAAAGGUAACCUUAUUUUGAGAAAACGAGGUUCCUCCACAGAUUCCAUUGGCAUGUAUGCAGUCCAAUGUUGUGAGUGUCACAAAUGGCGCAAGGUUGACACAAAAGAUGAGUUUGAAACAAUUCGUGAGAACUUCACUGAGGAGCCAUGGUACUGCAGUAGGAGACCUGACUGCUCGUGUGAAGACACUGCUGACAUUGAGUAUGAUAGCAGUCGUAUCUGGGUCCUUGAUAAGCCUAACAUACCAAAGCCUCCAGCAGGAACUGAGAGACUAGUGAUUAUGAGAGGUGAUUUGUCUAAAAUGGAUACCUACUAUGUCAUGCCAAAUGGGAAGCGUGUAAGGUGCACCGCAGAGGUGGAUAAGUUCCUUGAGGCCAACCCAGAGUACAAAGAUCACUUUUCAGCUGAAAGCUUCAGCUUUACAACACCCAAGAUUGUUGAGGAAACUGUUUCUCACAGCUCUGUGUGGAAGUCUGGGAAGGCUAAGAAGCAGGACAGGAUAAAUGCUUCAAGCAAUAAACACUAAUUUAUUUGGGAACGAUAAGGCAUAUGCUAUGCUUGGGUGAUGCUUAUCUCAGGUUGUGAUGCUACCAUCAUCUACUUUGCAGGGUGGUCAAAAUCUGUUUAUAUUUGCACUUUAAAUCUGUUCAAUCUCUGUGAUCUGUGUUAUGAUGCUCAGAACCUGUUCUCUGUAUUAACUCUUCGGAAAACUUUCAGAUGGAUGAGAAGGUCUGUGAUUAUGCUGUCCAUAAC